AUAAUACAUUUUUUCAUCUUGUAACCCGAGUGGCAGAUGAAUAAUAUAUUAUUAAUACUUGCAACACAGUUGUUUUUUUUCACAUCAUUGUUGUAUACACGCAUUUUUUUUGUUUGUUUUCCAAUUUUUUCCCCAACAAACAAUUAUAUUGCAUGUCGACGCAUCAUGGCAAAUCAAGAGAUCAGUUUAAAAUGGAAUGGAUACCAAAGUAACAUUCUAAGUAACGUGAAAGACUUAUUUAGGGACGAAAGUUUAUCGGAUGUAACCCUCGUAUCAGAAGGUUUCAAUUUCAAGGCACACAAAGUUAUUCUCUCAGCAAAUAGUACAGUUUUUAAGAGUAUAUUUCAACAAAACCCCCACAAAGAUCCAAUUAUAGUGCUCCAUGAUAUCAAUACGGACUCGCUGCGAACUCUAUUGCGGUUUAUGUACAACGGCGAGGUCAAUGUGACUGAGGAAUUCCUGCCAAUUCUACUGAAGACAGCAGAGGUGCUGAGGAUAUGUGGCUUGUCCACUGGUAGUGAUACAUGCAAAGAUGAUGAGAAAACAGCUACAUCAACUCAAGCUGUACCUAAAAAAAGAAAGAAAAGUGAACAGGAAGAUAAUAAUAACAGAAGUCUCAAAAAACCUACACCAUGUUUAUCUAAACUUGAUACAGUUGUUGCCUUUACUAGUUCAGACAUUUCGAAAAACUCUGAUAUUGUCCCCAAAGAAGAACCAGUAGACUCCCCAUUGACCGAUUAUUCAGGAGAUAACACAAAUGAUACCGACAUAGCUGUACUAGACAAUAACUCAGAAAAAAAGUUUACAAUAAACCCUGAAAGUCCACCUAUUUUGAAGAAAGCUGUGUGUACAACAUCAACUUCUGACCGUCUAAAUAUAAAAAAGUGUAUAAACGAAGUGAGCAGUACACAGCCAUGUUUAAAUGUUGUUUGCGAAAAAAGUGUUGACCCAGAAGAUGAGAAAGAGAUAGAGAUAGACAAGGAAGUUGAAACUGUAUUGCAAAGUGGAACCAUUGUCGAGUCAUUGAGUAUAACGACGGAGAAUAUGAACAUUGUUUCUAGCGAGGCUCAGAGUGUGAAAGACAAAACCAGUACCUGCUAUGCCAGUCCGUCGUUCCCGUGCCCUUUUUGCCCUCGAGUUUACAAUAGCUGGGGAUAUAGGAGAAGACAUGUUAAAUCUCGACAUAUGACUAACAGAUUGUCCUGCAAGUGGUGCGUCUCAAUUCUCCCAUCAACAGGAGCGUGGUACUCCCACGCGACGCGCGCGCACGGCGUCCCGCACGAGGAGGCACGCAACUCCCUCGUGGUCAUGGUGGAGGCUCACGCGGUACUCACUCUCAAUGAGCCCAGCGUUGCCCAGCUGUUGGGCCAAGUGGGCAUAUCAGACAGCAAUACAGCGGAGAAGACCAAUUAGGGUAUGUGAUUUUUUUUAUUUACGUGACGCAAUUCUUCUUUAAUGCUGGCUGUACACGAUAGGUUAUAACGAUUGCCCACUAUGAAGUGCUGUCAUGUAAAGGGUAGUGAAGUGUGAUGGCAAAUAGUGUGUGUGAUGGUCUUUGGUUGUCAGUUCUUCGGCCUUACAUCAAAAGGUCUUUUUUUUUUUUUUUUUAAUUCUUUACAAGUUAGCCCUUGACUACAAUCUCACCUGACGGUAAGUGAUGAUGCAGUCUAAGAUGGAAGCGGGCUAACUUGUUAGGAAGAGGAUGAAAAUCCACACCCCAUUCGGUUUCUACACGGCAUCGUACCGGAACGCUAAAUCGCUUGGCGAUACGUCUUUGUCGGUAGGGUGGUAACUAGCCACGGCCAAAGCCUCCCACCAGCCAGACCUGGACUAAUUAAGAAAAUCUUAAUCUGCCCAGCCGGGGAUCGAACCCAGGACCUCCGUUUUGUAAAUCCACUGCGCCACGGAGGCCGUCAAGGUGAAUAAGGACGAUAUACAUGUCUCCUACUGUUUAGGGUGUCAAAUGGAAUUUGAUUUAAUUAAACUUGUUGUCAUGAUUAAAUAACAUCCACCAUCUUCUAAUCCAUUUUUCAUUAGUAACUAUUUUCUCGUAUACAGUAUGAAGAUAAAAGAAAGCCCUUUAUUAAUAUAUUGACUUAAUGAUGAUAGGUUACACGUCCAUCUUGUUUAAACUUCGAAUGCGACAAUGGGCCCACUAUGGUAGGUUGCACAUCAAAGAAGAGUAGGCCAGUGAUUAUUCAUAUUUGUAAUAUAUUGCUACUAAUGAAUACUAAACUUUGCUUGAAGAUGAGUUACAACCAUCACAUAGAAAUCUCACAUUUGAUGGGGCAGCCGCUAAAUUCUAUCGUGUAGCGCCAGCAUUACAUACAUACCUACCGGAUGAAAUGAAUUUUAAGAAAUAUAACUUUGGAGUGCAAUAAUCCACAAUUAUUGAUGUAUUGUCUGCAUUACUAUUGUUUAACACUUUGGCAAACACUUUACAUGUAUGUAUUGUAUGAUGAAAGAAUCAAAUAUAUUCUAAUUAUAUUAUAAAGUAUCUUGAAUUGAUGUGGAAAGUCACCUAUAGACCACCUAUAGACCAUUUGAGCUGUAAUGAGUUAUUUAUGCCAUAUGAAUUAAGAAAUAUAUACAUCAAAAAAUACGAGUAGGUUAUAUAUUUCUCUAAUUUUAAAAAUAAUAAUUAAAUUUAAAAUUGUAUGGAUUGUGUUAAAGUUGUAUUCAACUUAAUAAUAAUACGAAAUGGUCUGUAAGGCCUAGUUCGGGCUACUUUAGUAUUUUAGUUGAGUACAAACGAUUUUUUAAUUUACCUCCCAAAAAUUGUUUGUACUCGACUAAAAUACUAAAGUAGACGUACGGCCUGUAAAGGCUUUUAUGGCCAGUAUGAAUUUUAUUUUUACUUAUAAAACCGUCAUACUCUAGUUAUAAUCUUAAUUGAGAUAAUACUAUUUUUGCAAAACACAUUAAUAAAUCUUAAAUUUACUAACUAAAGUAGUAUUUAAUUUUUGGAAAGUCCAUCUAAAUAUGUUUUACAAAAAAAUAUUAUGGUCCAUAUUGUAAUAAUGUAAGGAUUUUAUCAUUAUUAAUAGGGCAUAGUUUAUUUUUGUAUAACUUUGGAAUUAUAAUCUAAUGAUCUCAACACAGUCAAGUCAAUGUUUAGUUAAUUAGGAUCCAUAAUAUCUGCAAAUCAAAGAAGAUAAAGGGAUGAAUUAAUGUACUAGGCAGGCAUUGUAUAGUUUAAAAAGAUCAUGUUUGGUUAUUAUUCUUCUUUAUCAGUCUAUUUUAAUGGCCUAUUACAGGGCAUCCCCCCUUAUAGGAGGGGGGUAUGGAGUUUAAACCCACCACUCUGACAAUGCGGGUUGGCGGGCGUUUGUAUUUACAAAAUAAUAGCUCAUUUUCAGCUAACUAUAUAGAUUCUGUAGUUAUUAGUUAUCUCAAAUUUCGUGUCAUUGAAUCCCUUGCUGCUCACAGAAUCAAAUAUUUAAAGUUUAAAUCACAUGCUUCGCUUUAGAUUCAAUUUUAGAAUCCUUCGCUUACUAAAUAUAGUUUUCUAAACAGUCAUGAUUUUAUAUUACCUGCUUACUAUAUUACACUUACGUACUUUCUUUAUUGAUAUACGGGACAUUUGUAUAUAAAAUAUUUCUUCCUGCAUUGAAGAGGCUCUUCUGCUUUCAAGAAUCAUCCCUUGAUCUUCUUACCUAGUCUUUCUAACAGCCAUAUUUGAGAUAUUGUGAUGUUCAUGUUGAAAAACAAUGAUAAGCAAUAUAUCUGUCAUAAAAAAAUAUGACAAUCACACUCAUUUCCUAAAAUGAUAAUGCGAAUAAUUUUUCAAUAUCACCCUUUAUAUCAAAAAAAAUAAUUAUAAAGGUGCUGAUAGACUAUACGUUCCGGAGAGUAUUCUAGCGAGCAGAUUUGUUUGAAGCUUUUUGCCGAGCCAAGCUGUGGUGGUCUCGACGCUACCGAUAUUUCAGUAUUUCUACCGAAAUACCAAACGAUUUUUACAUGAUUUUUUCGAAAAAAUGGAAGUCAUAGCACACGCGACCGUCACCGUCAUCUUCAUGAAGAAUAUCUUUGACGAGUAUCGAUUAGUAUGUUCGCUAAAAUUCUCAACAAGUUUGUAGCAAUAUUUGGGUCUAUGCAGUGACGUAGCGUGCCUUGGAGUAGCCCCGUAUCAAAAUUAGUUGGGAGGCCCUAUUAAUUAAGAAUAGAGAUUUCUCACAAAAGAAACAAUAAUGCUUGCUUAAAAUUAAUAUUUUAAUGACUUACCUAUUUAGGAUGUUUCCAACUUUUGGGGAGUACGCUUAUGCAAGGAAUUAAGUGAAAUUGUGGAUUAUAUUUUACUAAUUGCUAUUCGUUCGUUGUUCAGUUUGACAAAUAUAAAAAUGGUGAAUGUUCGAUGUUCUGUUACAAGUAAAUGCUCAAGUCUAUCAGCACCACUGACAAAGAUUUAAAUUGAUCGAUACACACAUUAGACUGGAUAUUUGCUUUAAAGAUUAAUGGAUCAUUUGUGGAUCCAAUGUGACAGUGUAUUACUAUCUGACGAUUUGAAUCUUUGUCCUUUCGAUACCGACUGAAAAAUUAGCGAUUAGGAAUCAAAUUAGGUGUAAGAAGAUAUUUUUAUACUGUACUUUUGGACGUGAAGUUAGAUUUAAGCCAAUAACAUGAAAUACUUAGCAAUAAAUUUAGUGAUUUCUAGUUAUAAGAGAUGGAAUAAAAGAUGAAAUGUAUUUUUUAUAUUAAUCAUUAGACCCAGAAUGCGACGUCGAUAUUAUAUUCUCGUGAAGAGAAAAAGUAUAUUAUAUUGACAAUUCAAUAGCGUCGGAGUACGAAUAUAGCUCUCUUUCAUCGUUAUCAACCCAUAUUCGGCUCACUGCUGAGCUCGAGUCUCCUCUCUCAAAGAGAGGGGCUAGGACAAAGUCCACCAAUGCGAAUUGGCAGACUUCACAUACGCAGAGAAUUAAGAAAAUUCUCAGGUAUGCAGGUUUCCUCACGAUGUUUUUCCUUCACCGUUUGAGACACGUGAUAUUUAAUCCACUGGGCUAUCGCGGCUCUCUUUCAUCGCAUCUCAACUAAAGAGAGAGGGCAAUAUUUUCAAUUCGGCUGCUAUUGGUCAAUAUUUGUCUUUCUCGUCUCGAGUUAUGUCGUGGUGCGCGGCCUUCAGGACGAGUCAUUUAUCAAAGAAAUUUACAGAUUAAGAAAAAGUAUCUUGCUUGCUAUACAAUACAUAUAAAAAGUAACCUUUAUAUAUUUUUGCAAAUAUAUUAUAUGGAUUAAAUAAAGCUUAUUGGAUAAAAAAAAAUAAAAGUGUAUAUUUUGUAUCGCUAUUUAAUGUAUUUAAGAGUGGAUUUGGAACAAUUACUUAAAACAAUCACACAUAUUAUACAUGGCAAAUAUUUAUGGGAAACUUAUGUGAACUAAUGUGAAUUCUACAUGCCAACAGUUCAAACAAUACACUUAAUUGACAAGAAAUAAAUAAUAAGAAACCCGAGUUUUUGACUGUACUUAUCACCAUAACCUGUCGUUUAAAAAGUGCUUGUAAACUGAGCCUACUUGACAUAAAUUUUGAUUUUUUCGAGUAAUGUAUUGAAAAAUCGAUCUUUUAAAAUUUUAUUACACAGCAACAUUGCUAGUUGGAUCAAGGUUUUUGGUAAAUGUGUAUUGGUGCAUGUAAAAACUGGAUUUUCCAAUAAAAACUCACAUAUAAACAAAAUACCCACAAUGAAGAUAUAGUGCCAUUUUGAAUUGUUUAUUAGCGUGUGCAUAAGGAAAAUAAUGCUGGAAACACAUAUGUAAAAUCCCACCCAAAAUUAUAGAAAUUAAUACGAAUUGAUGCGAUUCAAAAUGGCAUCGCCUAUUGUUAUAUUAUAAGUAUGACAGAGUGUUAAUAUUUAUCGGUACUAAGGUCAGUAAUAGUAUACAAAACAAAAAUCACUAAUAUAUAGUCGAGAUAAUAGAGUAUUUACGAAGAAUUCUUAUGGUAGACAUAUCAAAUCGUACAAACAAAUAUUCAGAGCUUCUCAAAUUGAUGUAAAAGGGUAAUUAUACGUAAAUUUAUUAUAUACGUAAAAGUUUUGAUUUUAUAAAAUGGUAAUACAUAAUAUGAUAUUAUAUAAUUUUGUCGUUUAGCAUUUUAAAUCGCGAAUGUGAAAAUUAGGCCAAAAAUACCAGAUAAUAUUGUAUUAGUAUGUAAGACUAAAAGAGUCUUUAGAAGAUAAUAAUUAUCCAAAAUGAAGAAUACACUAUUAAAAGUAAAAUAAAAGUACACAAUGAAGGAAUUACUAUUAAUGGCAUAAGUCCUAAGUCGUGUUUUUGUAACUACUACUAGAGAAUAAAUGUUUAAUUCACAUUCGCGAUUUCCAAUGCUGUAUGACGAUUUGUGAUAAUUAUUACAGAAUUGGUAUUCUAAUAAAAUAAAAUAACAUUUUUUUUCACCAGUAAUAAUAAUUUUUAGACGCAAAACAGAAUAAUAAUAACUGGAUAUUUGUAUAUUUAAGAGUAAAUAAUGUGAUAAAAAUAGAUCUAUUGCAUAUUUUUUCUAAAAUUACUUAUUUUUAGGUGAGUCUAGUUUUUGUCAUGAUACACAGUUUUUUUUUAUUUUUAUUUUGUUAUUUUCCGGUCACACACCUAGUUACGUGCACUUUGAGAAACAUUUUAGAUAUUUAAGUAAUAAAUAAGUUACCAAAGCAAUUUCGAAUAAGUUGUUUACUGUGAGCGAAAUAAGAAUGUGCAUAUUUUUAUAUGAAAUGUGUAUUAAUUGGAAGAGAAAAAAGUUUAGGUGUCGCUUUAAAUUUUGAAAUGUAUUGUAUAAUUUAAUAUACUUAACUCUAUUGAGAACAUUAUAUUUUACUAAAGCAUAACAAAAACGCAGUUGUGUAGCUAGAUGGUAGAUAUGCAGUAGAAUUUUAUAAAUUACAUGGAUGAGGUAAUGUUCGCAGAAGGAAAGACCACGUUGAAUAAAUAUAAUGGAAAUAUCAGGAUUUACAGACUUUUCACUUGAAAUACGCCAAAAUGGAGAUGAUGACUAGGUUUGAAUAUAUUGAUUUUUAUGAUACAUUGGGGUAAAUAUGGUCAAUGUUAACUAAUUUAUACAUAAAAAGCAAAGAUUGUCUGGAUAUUUCCAAAAUAAAUGAGGUUAUAAAAUUUCAAAAUCUUAUUAAAAAUCUUUUAUCGUAAUUAGUUGAAAAUUCAUACAGUUUUAGCUUCCUUAUAUUAAAUGUGAUAUUUUUUAAUACAUAAACAUAAACGCACAAAUAACAAAGGUAUUAGUAAUUUUGUUCGAACGCACAUAAAAAUCUAACGAUCAUUACAUUACGUACGACGUCAUUAGUUCGUGCCAUUUUGUAUGGAGCGUUUUUCAGGGAUCCGCGGCAGCGCCGCAAAUCUGACCCUUUAAAACCCUGUAGCUCCGAAAGUAAUGAUCGCAGAUACCCUGUCACUUUGAUAAAAUUACUUUACUAUUAGCAUACUCUUAAUUUACAUACAAUUUAAAAAACUGUCAUCAUCCCUAUUGUCAAGUAAUUACCUCUUAUUUGUAUGUAAAAUUUCACGCCAGAAACGAAAAGAAUCGCAGAUAAACACAUUUUCUGCACCGGAAAAAUUUGUCUACGUAUGUCUUUUUAAACAAUUUUUGUAACUUAUAGUGGUUCUACUGCUUAUCCUUAUAAAUUUUUUUUAAAUAAAAAUUGUUCUAUAGGUACUAGCUACUCAACUGAUUCUAUGUACUAAAACUCGUAAUAAAUGGCUUUAAUCUUGGGAAGUCAAAACUAUAAUUAUGUAAAACCUACAGUAAUAUAUCGAGCAGUGUAUGCUUAUUUAAAUGGAGAUUAAAUAUAUUUUUUACGACAAGAA